AUGCCCGAGAUACCGUCUUUGCACGGCAGUCCGCUCCGUGUUCGUGAACUUAAACCGUCGAGGUUGAUUAUCAAGAACCUUCCUAAACACCUCACGGACGAGCGGUUCCGGGAGCACUUCAACACUAUAGGCGAGGUGACUGACGCCAAGUUGAUGAAGAGCUCUUUCGGCAACUCGAGACGCUUCGGAUUCAUUGGAUACAAGACAGAAAAGGAGGCCAAGGCUGCACUCGCACAUUUCAACAACACAUUCAUUGAUACCUCAAAGAUCAUUGUAGAGAAGGCCAAGGAGAUUGGAGAUGAUUCUCUUCCCAGAGCAUGGAGUCAGCACACUAUCGGUACAUCAGCACAUGCAAGGAAAGUGGGCGUGGAGAAACAGCGCAAGGAGGCUGCAGAGGCUGCAAUGAAGCUGAAGAACGAGAGGGAGGCGAACAUGGAAUUGAGAAAGAAGCAGGAGCAUCUAUCCAAAUUGUAUCAGGCUGAGAACGACCCCAAACUGAAGGAAUAUCUGGAGAUCAUGCAGCCAAGGGCUGUCACCAAGACCUGGGCCAACGAUGACGCUGUGGAAUUGAACACCGAAAAGACAAAGAUCACGUUCGAGGACUCGGAUGAUGAAUUAUAUGACAAUCUCCCAAUUUCAAAGGCAGAUGAAAAGGGCAGUGGUGAUGAGGAUGAGGAGAUGACCAUGUCUGAGGUUCCCCAGAAGGACGACCUUGUCGACAACUCUGAGAUUGCACAGGAGCCCCCCAACAGACCCCUCAUCAUUUCAGCAGAGGAAGAAGAAGAGAACGCGAAGAAUCUCAUUGCCGAUACCGGACGUCUCUUUGUUCGAAACUUGCCAUAUACCUGCACAGAGGAGGAGCUCCGCAAGCUGUUUGAGAAAUUUGGUCCCCUCUCAGAAGUCCACAUGCCCAUCUCCAAGGAUACAAAGAAGCCCAAGGGUUACGCAUAUGUCCUCUAUCUCUUGCCCGAGCACGCUAUCAAAGCCUUCACAGCAAUGGACAAGAAGUUUUUCAUGGGCCGUCUACUGCAUAUUCUCGCAUCCAAGGAGAAGCCACAGCCAAAGGAGGACGAGGAGAACCCGCUUGGACUCGGUGGACGCCCAUUGUCCUCUGAUGCUAUUGCAGCUUCGAUCGCAGACCGCCUCAACGUCUCCAAGGCAGACAUCUUGAGCCCCGAUGCCGACAACAUGGGAGUGCGUCUCGCUGUUGCAGAAACCCAGAUCAUCAUGGAAACAAAGAAGUUCUUGGAGGAAGAGGGCAUCAAUGUUGAUGCGUUCGGAAAGAAGGAGCGCAGCGAUACUGUGAUUCUUGUUAAGAAUAUCCCCUACAACACCACUGAACAGGAGCUUCAAGAUCUGUUUGGCACCCAUGGGGAUCUUGGACGUGUCCUGAUGCCCCCAGCAAAGACCAUCGCCAUUGUCGAGUUUUUGCAGCCCAGCGAAGCCAGGUCUGCGUUCUCCCAUCUGGCAUACAGGCGAUUCAAAGAUACGAUUUUGUACUUGGAGAAGGCGCCUGUUGGAGUAUUCACAAGCAAGUACGAUCCUGAGUCGAAGAACAAGAAGGCGGAGAAGAAGGCCGCAGAUGAGGAGGAGGAGGCCCUAUCAAAGAAGGUCACCUCGACUCAGCUCAUGGAGAGUGCCGCCACUGCAGAGGACUCUCAGGAUGCCGACAACUUGGAGGGCUCGACUCUGUUUAUCAAGAACAUCAACUUUAAGACUACGGACGCGGGUCUGAAGAAGGCGUUUGCAAGUGUGGAUGGAAUCAAGUCUACCAUGGUCCGGUACAAGCCUGACCCCAAGAACCCCGGAAAGACUUUGAGCAUGGGAUUCGGAUUCGCAGAGUUCGUGUCGAAGGAUAAAGCCUUGAAUGCAAUGAAGGCGAUGAACGGAUUUAUUCUGGAUGGAAACAAGCUGGACAUCAAGUUCUCGGACCGUAGGAGUGACAGCAAGAGCAAGGCUCGCGUUGCCCCCAAGGACCAUGGCACGAAAUUGAUUGUCCGCAACAUUCCCUUCGAAGCCACCAAGAAGGACAUCCAGGGACUUUUCAGCACAUUCGGUCAGCUCAAGUCUGUGCGUAUUCCCAAAAAGAUGGCCGGAGGCCAUCGUGGUUUCGCUUUCCUGGACUUUAUGACGAAGCAGGAGGCCAAGAGUGUGUACGAGAAUGUUGCCAAUACACAUUUGCUGGGUCGCCAUCUGGUGAUCGAGUGGGCAGAGGAGGACUCUGGAUUGGAUGUGUUGCGUGAGAAGGUCGGGCGCCAGUUCCGAAAGGAUGACGGCCAUGGCAGUGGCAAGCGUAGGAAGAUUGAUCUGGAUGGCGACGACGAUGAUAUGAUGAUGGAGGACGACUAA